AUGUCACCCUUUUGCAUGAACAGACACGCGUUACUUGCUUCCCUGUAUACUUAUCAUUAUUUGCCUCAAUUGUUUUCGCAGGUUCAGCACACGCUCCUUGAGGCUACACAGCGGGCCGAAAAGGCUGAAUCAGAAGCUGCUAAUUUUGCUACACAAAAUCGGGCAUUAGCGGCCAAGGUGCACCGCCUUGCGCUCCAGCGCGUGGAGUUGCUUAACGACAAAGAUCGCGUGGAGCGCGAGAACAGAGAUUUGCAAAUUGCAAAUCUGCAGCUGAGCAAUGAGGCGCGUAUGGCAAAGGCAGCUAAGGCAGAUGCAUGGCAGCUCACCAAUCUUAAACUGGCAUUGCGUCAGCAAGCCGCUCAGCACGAAAAGAAGAUGGAGAGUUUAAAGCGGCGCACCAAGGCGCUACUCUCAGUCAUUUUGCCUGGAGGGCACAGCAAGGCCGACGACAGCCUUCUUGCUGCUCCCGGCUCACCAACCUCUGACAGCGGUGGAAUAGAAGUUGAGGAUCUCUGGGACGCUCCGCUCGCGCUGGCAACACCCAGCACGCCAGAUGUCAAUUUACGCAUACGGAGCAUUGUUGGCUGCCUGUACGACGACACGAUUACGGAAGAUGACGCGCUAGCGCAGAUGACAGCGCUUACACAAUCGCUGGUUACACGGCCUGGGACAGCCACCACCACGUCGCGCGGCUGCAGCCCGCUUCCGGUGCCCAAAUUAGGCGAAGAUGGGGUUAUCUCGACUAAUAAGGUCGACGCAGGGACUGACGCGCAGACUACACGUGUGAAGCUCGUCGUCGACGUAGCAACUGAGACUCCCGCCGAAAUGUCUUACAACGGCACGCCAUGCGAUCUUUCGGCAGCGCCGUCGCAGGGGCCAGCGUCCCCCCGGCGGUUGGUGGCGGGUCCAGUCCCGGUGCUCGACCUUGCUGCUCUUGUUGCGCAGGCCAUGGAAGAAGCGCCCCUCAGUGGCCGGAGCACUGCAAGCACGUCUGUAAACGCUACCGGAGGGCCCUCAUUUUCAAGCAUCAGCCAGUUUGUCUUGGCCCAGCCGGAGAAGUUGCAGAGGCUCAUCCUGCGUCACGCUGCCGCGACGGGUGCAAAGCCCGGGCAGUCAGGAUUUGGUCAACCACGCGUGCCGCAAUCACCUUAUGGUUCCGGAUUACCACCGUCUGCGACCGGGAUCAGCAAAAACGACAUCUUCGCGGGCAGCAGUUCUACCAACUUAAUGGAUCCCCUAGCGCACCUUAACAGCGGGGGGCCGCUAGCCACACGCCCUAGCUUUACCAGCAGGUUCCUAGGCCUGGGCGGCAGCAACGCCGCCAACCGUGCAUCCUCGACAGCAGCGGCACCACAGCCCAGGGCAGGCAACAACGACACAAGCAGUAUAAUUUCAGCUUCGGGUGUGACCGUCAGCCCUGCCAAACCUACGAAGCGAUGGGGCGGGACUGCUCCACCCAAAUUUGCAAUAUUGGAGGGCCCUGAAAAGGCAACAAAGCCAACACAGCCCGGGACCCCGGCAAUGUCAUUGGCAGGGGUCAAGUUGCUUUCCGGUGGAGACGACAAUAGCAACAGCAGUAGCAACUUCAGCUUCAAUAGUGGUUUUUCCUUCCAGGGAGCAGCUGACCUUGACUCGGAUUUAAAGGAGCUGUCCCUAGGCAGCACCGCCCUGAGCUUCUUCCAAUCCGGUGCAAGCCGCCGCUAA